AUGACUUGCGGGUGCACGUGCAACAGCAGCACGCCUGGCGCACUGUGCAAGGGUUCUCAGCGUUACGUACCGAUGACCUGCGGGUGCACGUGCAGCGGCAGCAAGCCUGGCGCACUGCGCAAGGGUUCUCAGCGUUACGUACCGAUGACGUGCGGGUGCACGUGCAGCAGCAGCACGCCUGGCGCCAAGGGUUCUCAGCGUUACGUACCGAUGACGUGCGGGUGCACGUGCAGCGGCAGCACGCCUGGCGCACUGCGCAAGGGUUCUCAGCGUUACGUACCGAUGACAUGCGGGUGCACGUGCAGCGGCAGCACGCCUGGCGCACUGCGCAAGGGUUCUCAGCGUUACGUACCGACGACGUGCGGGUGCACGUGCAGCGGCAGCACGCCUGGCGCACUGCGCAAGGGUUCUCAGAGUUACGUACCGAUGACUUGCGGGUGCACGUGCAGCGGCAGCACGCCUGGCGCACUGCGCAAGGGUUCUCAGCGUUACGUACAGACGACGUGCGGGUGCACGUGCAGCGGCAGCACGCCUGGCGCACUGCGCAAGGGUUCUCAGCGUUACGUACCAGUGACGUGCGGGUGCACGUGCAGCAGCAGCACGCCUGGCGCCAAGGGUUCUCAGCGUUACGUACCGAUGACGUGCGGGUGCACGUGCAGCGGCAGCACGCCUGGCGCACUGCGCAAGGGUUCUCAGCGUUACGUACCAGUGACGUGCGGGUGCACGUGCAGCAGCAGCACGCCUGGCGCCAAGGGUUCUCAGCGUUACGUACCGAUGACCUGCGGGUGCACGUGCAGCGGCAGCAAGCCUGGCGCACUGCGCAAGGGUUCUCAGCGUUACGUACCAAUGACGUGCGGGUGCACGUGCAGGGCAGCACGCCUGGCGCACGCGCAAGGGUUCUCAGCGUUACGUACCGAUGACCUGGCGGGUGCAAGUGCAGCGGCAGCAAGCCUGGCGCACUGCGCAAGGGUUCUCAGCGUUACGUACCGAUGA